CCUCAAAAAAAAAAAAAAAAGAAAAAAAGUCGGUUAGGGUUUGGUUUCAAAACCCUUUAAUUCGAACAUCGCAGGACGCUGAGCAGAGAGAGAGAGAGAGAGAGUAGUGAGAGAGCGAGUGAUGGCUGGGAAGGAAGACUACCGAAUUUUCGUUGGAGGUUUGUCUUGGAACGUCACUGAGCGUCAGCUUGAAAAUGCUUUCGCUCGUUUCGGCAAAGUCCUUGAAGCUCAGAUCAUGAUGGAAAGGGAUACUGGCCGUCCCCGUGGAUUUGGGUUUAUUACAUUUGGAGAUCGUCGGGGAAUGGAAGAUGCAAUUAGGGAGAUGCAUGGAAGGGAGUUUGGUGAUCGGAUUAUCUCUGUGAACAAGGCCCAACCGAAAAUGGGUGACGAUGAUGCAGACCAUGGUUAUAGGGGGAGCUACUCAUCUGGUGGCAGGAAAGGCUAUGGGGGAGGGGAUAGAUCUGUAGGGCAAGAUGAUUGCUUCAAGUGUGGGCGUCCAGGACAUUGGGCACGAGAUUGCCCAUCGGCUGGUGGUGGUCGAGGUGGAGGGCGCUUUGGGGAUCGCUUUGGAGGUGCUAGUGGGCGCGGGGAUCGCUUUGGAGGAGAUCGUGAUCGAUAUUUGGAUGACCGUUAUGAUGCAGGGCGCUAUGGGGAGAGGGAUCGUGUUGACAGCAGGGACAGCAAAUAUGGGAGCCGUGAUCGCUAUGGCAGUGACAGGUACCAACCAGGCGAUCGGUUUGCAAAUGAUAGGUACAACAGUGCUGAUCGGUACCCACUAAAUGGUUAUGGUAAAGAUAGGGGCUUUGAUAGAGACGGUGGCCCACGAGGUGGGGACAGGUAUGGAAGUGGAGGGCCAGCUCGUAACGAGGGAAAAAGUUACCGGAGUAGGCCUGAUCCUUAUGACCGCCCUAACAGGGGAGGUCGACCAUCUUCCUUUGACCGCUACUAGUGGCUUGUUAAAUUCUUAUUCAGAACUUUGUAACAACAUACAUCAUUAAGGUAGGAAUGUGGUUUUGAUCGUUAGUAGGUCACUGAACGUACAAUAUAGUCGAGGAUUGAUGGAUGCUUUUUCAACUGGUGUUUACUCUGUUUUAAUCUCUUAUAAUGUUCAGUUUGUGGAGUCGAUUGAAUAGAUGCUUCUGCUCCUUUUUUUACUUUGCUGUUUGACAAGCAAGUUUAGCUUCUUUAGAUUUUAUAAACGUUGCUUGCUUUUCAAUUGAUAAUUCAA